CGCGGGCGGCGAUGGGCGAGGAGCAGAGCACGGUGAGCGGCGGCGGCGGGCCCCAGGAGUCGCAGACCCUGGCCGGUGGCACUGCGGGCCACCCUGAGCCCCCGAGGCCGCAGGGGGACAGCGCCCGGCCGCCCCCGCUGUGCGCCGCCUCCGCUGAGCCUAGCGACGGCGGCUGUGGAAGCGACUGGGGCUGCGCGGACACCAGCGCCCGGGAGCCGGCGGGGAGCUUGGGGGCCCCGAGCUGGAGGCAGAGCCGAGCACCGGCGCAGCCUGCGGGACUGGCACUCGCCGGGCCUCUCAACCCCCAGACCUUGCGACUGCAGUUGGAGCUGGAGGAGGAAGAGGAGGAAGCUGGGGACAGAAAAGAGGGAGGGGAUGAACAGCAGGAGGCGCCCCCCGGCGAGGAGCUGGAGCCCGGGACCCGCGCGGGGGCCGCCGACGGACUGGUCCUGGACGUGCUGGGUCAGCGGCGCCCGCCCCUCGCCAAGAGACAAGUCUUUUGCUCCGUGUACUGCGUGGAGAGCGACUUGCCCGAGGCCCCUGCCUCGGAGCAGCUCUCUCCGCCCGCGUCGCCACUUGGGGCUCCGCCAGUGCCGAACCCUCCCAGCACCCGCUCUUCCCUCCCCAGCCCCCGGCUGUCCCUCCCAACGGAUUCCUUCUCCCCCGACGGCGGCAGCAUCGAGCUGGAAUUCUACCUGGCGCCCGAGCCGUUCUCCAUGCCCAGCUUGUUGGGAGCUCCACCCUACUCUGGCCUGGGCGGUGUAGGGGAUCCCUAUGCGCCCCUCAUGGUGCUGAUGUGCCGGGUGUGCCUGGAAGACAAGCCCAUCAAGCCCCUGCCUUGCUGCAAGAAGGCCGUGUGCGAGGAGUGCCUCAAAAUCUACCUGAGCGCCCAGGUACAACUUGGCCAAGUAGAAAUCAAAUGCCCAAUAACAGAGUGUUUUGAAUUCUUGGAAGAAACAACUGUUGUCUAUAACUUAACGCAUGAAGACUCCAUCAAGUAUAAGUACUUCUUGGAACUUGGCCGUAUUGAUUCCAGCACCAAGCCAUGUCCUCAGUGCAAGCACUUUACAACCUUCAAGAAAAAAGGACAUAUUCCCACCCCUUCCAGAUCAGAAAGCAAAUACAAAAUCCAGUGCCCUACCUGCCAAUUCAUCUGGUGUUUUAAGUGCCACUCUCCUUGGCAUGAAGGUGUUAACUGCAAGGAGUACAAAAAAGGAGACAAAUUGUUGCGUCACUGGGCCAGCGAAAUUGAGCAUGGGCAGAGGAAUGCCCAGAAGUGUCCAAAAUGCAAGAUCCACAUCCAGAGGACUGAAGGAUGUGACCACAUGACCUGCUCACAAUGUAACACUAAUUUUUGUUAUCGAUGUGGUGAGAGAUACCGCCAGCUCCGAUUCUUUGGAGACCACACAUCAAACCUCAGUAUAUUUGGAUGCAAAUAUCGCUACCUCCCAGAGAGACCUCAUUUAAGGAGAUUAGUGCGAGGGUCAGUCUGUGCUGGAAAAUUAUUCAUUGCACCUCUAAUUAUGGUUUUGGGAUUGGCACUAGGGGCCAUAGCAGUUGUAAUCGGUUUAUUUGUAUUUCCUAUCUAUUGCCUUUGUAAAAAACAGAGGAAACGAUCACGGACAGGUAUGCACUGGUAAAAUGCAGAUGAUUUCAUCCAACUAAGCUGUUUCGAGUAGGAGCGAUAUAGGAUGGUACACCCAUCUGUGAGUCACAUCUUGAAAAAUACUGAGAGGAACCUUCUACCAUCUCAUCUCCUAGUGAUUCUCCGUGGGCCACAAUGCCUCUAGCUAUGGUGCACUCCCAACAUGGUAUCCUGUCCUUUCCCUAAACAAAUUGCUGCUGCUUUUAAAAAAUGGUCACUUUCAUAAACUAUAAACAUCUGUAUCAUAACUCUGCCCUUUGUGGUUCUUGGAAGAAGAUACUUUAGCAACAGUUCUGAGCACGCCUCUUCUGAGAAUUCCUUGGACUGUCUUUGAACUCUGCACCUCCUUCCAGGCCAUCUUGUGAGACAUAGUGUGAAUAGCUGAAGUCCCAUCUGUACCAACAAGCAAGGCCACUUUUCAGAAGAUAAGAGUUCACUGAAUGCACCUAUUAUAAUCUGUGGCCCAAGCAGUAUAAUUCCUUUAUCCAUCAAAUGCUAUAAUUGCUAAAAGUCUCAAUGUCCAAAAGGGAAUGAAUGAAACUAAAUUAAUGAGAAGAAUACUAAGUUACUGAAGUGUAUAUGUGUAGGGGUGUGAAUGUGUGUGUAUAUAAAUAUGUAUUAAAACUAGGCCUAAUAACCUUGUAUUUAUCCAGUUCCAUGCCGCUACACUAUUUUCCACAUUUUAAUAGACCUAUUGAAAGAUGAUGGUUCCUUUGUGGACGUAAUUUGGCAAUGUAUUGAAUUAAAGUCAAUGUAGACAACAGGCUAUUUCGAUGCUGACCUUUUCUAUUUCAUGCUCUUUCUUUUUGUCACACACACACACAAAUUUGUGCAAUGUUACCCCAAGGAGUAUUAAGCUUCGUAAACUGACAAAACUGGCUGCUUCUAGGAAAUUUUCAAGACCCGAAUAUUCAGUCUUUUUAAAAGGUAUUUUGGAAUAGAUGCUUCACUCUAUAGAUAGAUCCUUCACAUGGGGAUUAUUUAAUCCAAAAAACAAGUUUGCUAUAGAAAACUGCUUAAGCCUUUAAAAAAAAUCUUAUUCUGCUAAUUUUUUCUGCUUUUAGGAAAUUCUCAAGACCCAAAUAUUCAGUCUUUUUAAAAUUCUUAUAUUUUGGAAUACAUGCUUCACUUUAUAUAUAGAUCCUUCACGUGGGGAUUAUUUAAUCCAAAAAAACAAGUUUACUAUAGAGAACUGCUUAAGCCUUUUUUAAAAAAAAUCCUAUUCUGCUAAUUUUUCACCCAACUUAUAAUUAUAGAUAAUUCUGCUUUAGGUCAGUUUCUUACAUCAUUUAAUAUCCUAACCCUGUUCUCUCUUCUCUCCUCCUUUUUUAUUUGUUCCCAAUGUUUUUCAUAAAAAAAAAAUACAAGUUUUGAAGGAUUUUUUUGUAUGUUUAACUUCUCAAACAUGUACAUUUUUUUUGGUGUCUUCUUAUGGAGGAGUUAGUUUGAAAACUUUUAUGUUCAUCGGUUUAUCCAAAAUACCAACUGCUUUUAGAGAAUGAAACAAAAAAGUGAAGGAAAUAUUUUCAGCAAGUCUUUUCAACCUACAAAAGCUUUAAAAAUAAAUAAGAAAUGGACAAGUAAUUAGAUUAUGAUAUGCCUUUGUUUUCAUCACAGAAGUUAAUCAGCAGACAGGGAAAAAAAAAAGACUCCUAAAAAGCCUAAAGCUCCUAAUUGUCUCAAAAUUCUUAAAAUUAGCCAUUUGUCUUAGAUGCACAUUUAUUUGUUAGCAACCUUGUCUGAUUUGAAAUAGAUGAUAUGAUAAAACACGCAUUAACAUGGGUAAUCUAUUUUUGUUGGGCUCCAGAGUGUAAGAAAAUUUAUUUUUGUUUUACAUAAAGUAAAGUUUACCUGCUUGAAUAACAAGCCAGCAUGCUUUCACUCUUUCUAAAUAACACGGAAUAUCUGUAUUACAGCUUCUGGAAGUUGUCUAUUUCCAGUUAGAAGAGUGUGUGACAUUUAUGGUUCGUGAAUAGCAUCUUUCUAAAGCAUAAUAUUAUACAAGAAAAAAGUGAUGCUCUGGUUUCACAAAUUUAUCUUUUAAUUCACCCCUCCAUCCAUCUGACAGAUAUUUAUUGAGUGCCUGUUUUAGGUGUUCUAGUAUUAAGACUGAAAGAAGGAGAAUUUCUAGCCUGUCAUAAGAGUACUUAGGUUUUGUAAAUUCAUCUUUCCUGAACUUAGGCAUUAGUUUGACAAUAUGUGAAUAUGAUGAACUCUAAACCUAGCUGAUCUGUAUAUGUAUGAUGUAUAUAUAUGUAUGGUAUAUAUGAAAUAUUCCCAUAACUGCAUAUGAACACAUAUGCCAUAUAUGUAUGUACCAACUGGCUGAAUAACAUACUCUUUGGUCUUGGAUAAUCUAUAUUCUAGGUUAUGUGUCUGUUAUCUUUGGCCUACUCAGGGAUUUUUAUUUCUUUUUUUAAAUAACUUAUCUUUUGGACAUAUUUUUAUAUUAUUUGGAAAACUUCCAAUAUUCCAUUUACAAAGUGAUUUUCAGUGAAGCUAUUUCAUCAAUGCUUGAAAUAGUGUGCGCUGUGUUGCACAGGUUUUUCAUUUUUCUAUUGAGUAGAUAUUUUUUAAUUAACAUAUGCAUUUUUAUAUUAGGUGAUAUAUAUUAGGCCUUUCCCUACUGGUAACUUAAAAUGAUUAUUUGUGAAUUUUUUACUAAGUUCCAUCAAGAUCUUAAAAAGAGAGAAGAAAAUAAAAAGUAUUAUUUAUAUGUCAGUGCCAACUUUGAAGGUAAAACAAUAGUAGUAACUUUUGGGAGAAAUUCUAAAAACUACUUUAAAAAAGAAGUGUGCACAUAAAAUAAAUGUCUUUGUAUCCAAGGCUUGUCAUUUUUAUAUGCUUUUAUUGUAAAUUUAAUAUAUACUACUUAAAAAAUUGAACCAUACAGAAUUUAUAAAAUACAAUUUUCUCUGCUCGCCCCACCCCUUGUUUUCUAGGGGUAACCACUGUUAAUGGUUUAGUAUGUGUCCUUGCAGGCACUUUCUACAAAUAUACAAAUAAGUGUGUUUGUGUAUGUGUCUGUGUGUGUAUUCAUUUUAUACAAAUAGAAAAAUAUCCUUACUGUGCUGUGACUCUGUCAUUUUAUUAUAUAUCAAUAGAUACCUUUCCAUAAGAGUUUAAAUAGAUUUACCUCAGUUUUUAAAAUAAAUUACUGCAUAAUCCAUUAUAGGGGUAUAUUUUAAUUUAUUGAAUUAGUCCCCUGUUGAAUGGACUACAAGAUUAUUUUCACUUCUAUGUUACAAAGAAAAUAAGGACCCUUUGGCAUAUAUUUUUGUCACCUUGAGUGAACAUAUUCAUUAUAUUGUACAUUUGUUUCUUACAAGGUCUUUGUAAUACACAUUUUAACGUAAUUUCAGGAGAUUAGGUCACAAAAUAAUAUGGGACCCUUUUUUGGAUAAAAAGAAAGAUUGUACAGGAGUGCAUAAUUUUUAAAGAAAAUCAUCUUUUGAAGGAUAAUUUCCUUUCUACCUGAUUAGCCAAACGAAUACUUUGCCAAAAUUUACAAGAGGAAAUCUUUUUCCAAUCAAAUAAAAUUUUAGGAGAUGUCUGUCAGAUAAUGUGAGAAAGAUGAAUUGACUUUUGGACUGCCUCAUUUUAAAAUUUGAGGGAUUUAAAUAAAAUUGGUGAUACUUGUCACAUUUUUAAUAACGCUGUCCAUUUUUGUGUAUGUUGCUUGACAGAGGAACUUAAUUAUGCCGUUGUGAAAAGUAGGAAAGAACAUGUUGGCAAUUGUAAAUGCCCACAACAAUUCCCAGAAAAAUAAAUUAGAUCUUGUACGAUUUAGUGAUUUGAUGGGAUGAUUAUAAAUCAUGGAAUAAUUUAUAUACGUGGAGUAAGUAGAGAGGAGUCAAACCUUUUGGUACAAGCCACAUCAUGUUGCCACCACCUUGAUUUUUCUCAUAGGUGCUAUUGUAGCCUAAGAGUAGAACAGAUAAGAAAACAAUCAAAGAUAAUUAAACACAAGUCAGGUUACAACAUGAUAUCGUUAAUUGUCCUUCCUCUGCUGUGGUAUCAAGAUUCAGUGGUGCUUGUCAGGAAAUUCUUAUUCUGUAACACCCACUAUCUCUUGAGUCCCAAGGCUCCAACUGAUCCUUUAUCUUUCAGCCUUACCACCCAAAUAUAUUACCGUCUGCUCUCCUAAAAUGCCUAUGAAUCACUGUAAUUGUUCCCAGUCCCUGGUGCCCUUCCUCAACCUCAUUUUGUCUAUACCUUCACUAUUCUAACUAUUCUUCUUCACUGAAGGAGGAGAGGAGAGACAAGAAGGGCCAAAAAAUUCAUUCUGGCAUGUGCAAAGCAUCAGUAUUCCUUCCUGACCUUUGUCAAAUGAGAGCACAUCUGCCAAGACAUCAAUCCAGCUGCUCUCUUGUUAAAUGCAGUUUUUUUUUUAACAUUACACUUGUACACUGGCUGUUACAUUUAGAAUUAUCAAAAAGUUAGUGGCCUCUAUAACCUUAAUUGGUAUACUUUAUUAAGUAUAAAAAUAAAUUUAUGCCAAAAAACAUUUUUAGAUUUUAAUUUUAUAAGCAAGCUGCGCACAAGCCUUAAUGUGAGUCCUCACAUUGGAUUAUAUUUUUAUUCUUCCAUAUUUGUGGCUGAAAUCUCUCCUAACUAUUGAAAGUGAUUUGCCACGGUCUGCUUUAUUGUUUUGUGUUAAUAUCUGUUAUAAAUAGAGCCUUAAAUUUUUGCAAUGCACUUUAAAAUGCUUGUGCCAUUUAAAUAAUGAUAGUUAAAGCAAUCAAUGCAUAUAUUUCAAUGGAGACAGUAUACAAAGUUAAAGCAACUGAUACAUGUAUUUCAAUGGAGACAGUAGGAUAAGAGUGUUAGCAAAUAUGUGUCUUCUCUUUAAAUUUGGGAGGAAUCAGAAGCUAAAGAUUUAAAACAAGUAAAACAUACCUGAAGAAAAGUAGCAAUUUCUGAAAUUAUAGUAAUCCUGGAAAUUGGAUAUCAGGACCUCAAACAUACCAAAUAAUGAUAAAGUGUUACCUAAUAAUCUAAUUGGAAUGUUUGUUUAAAAUAUUAAGUUAAUUUCUACUGAAAGUUUUAACUGCAAUUUUAUAAUUUACGAAUUCUAUAAAAGAAAUCUCCCUGACUAAAACUUUGGUUGAUCAAAACUACCAGUUUUACAUACCAAUCCCAAGUUUAAGCAUAUUUUGUAUUUAAAGUUAUUAUAAUUAUGACACUGUUCCCCUAUUAUGGAAAAUAAGUGACAAAAUUCUUUUCUUUUUUUCGGACAGGGUGGGGAUGGUCUCGCCUUGUUGCCCAAGCUGGUCUUGAACUCUUGGACUCAAGCGAUCCUCCCUCCUCUGCCUCUGGAAUAGCUGGGAUUACAAGCAUUCAUCUACCGUGCCUGUCUUCAAAUUACAUUGUUAAUUUGUAUAGCCAAAAUUAUUAAUUUGAUAAAACUGAAAUAAUUUUAUAGUAGCAUUAAAGUAUCAUCAGAACAAAAUCAGAGUUCCAAAAUUUGGUGAGUAUUGUAAGAUUGUGAAAUGUUACCUUUUGGAUGGAAACCAAUGAUACAAACCUUUAAGAGACAAUUACAAUGGGACUCCUUUAUAACUCUGAUUUUGAAAAUAGAAUGAAUACACAUUUCAUAGCCAAACAUUGUGUGGGACUUCUAUUGUUAUUAUUUGUAAGGCUGAAACUCUAGUUGACUUCAUCCAAAUCCAAGAAACAGAGAGUCACAGUAGUGUGAGACUAUUCUCAUUGCUUCUUUGGAGCAUUAGCUGAAGCUUUACAAUAUCACAUACCUUACAAAUCCCUAUACAUACUCUGUUUUAAAAGAAUGUAAUUAUGCAUGUUAUACACUAUAUAUAUUUUUUUGGCUAAAGAAGUGACUAUUUUGAGAAUAACAAUAAUGAUUGUAAAAGGCAAUAAAUUAUUUUAUUUGAAUACCCAAAACAUUACCACUGCCUUAUUUUUGUCACUUCCUUUUCUGAAAAGUUUCAUUUGGUGUAUCUAACUUUAUAUCACUUAAAUUAUUCAGACUUGCUAACAUAGAAAAUAAUUUUUUUCAAUUCUGUGCUACAUUGUGCCACUCUAUUCCAUCAUUAAUACUAAAUGACUUUCCUUGUGAAAUGACACCCACAUACUUCAACAUCAAGCUCCUUUUUCUCUUGCAUUUCCUAAUUACCUUGGUUUUUGCCUUUGCAGUCUUCUUUCCAUCUUGGUCAAGUGUCGGGAUAAAUUCUGCCUCACCCAUAACUACUUUCACUGUAAUGAGAUGAAUUCAACACUGAAAGCACUCCAGAAUUUAGCUCUGGUAGUGAGCAUAAUUUACCUUGGCUUAUUUUAUCUGUAGAUGGAAAUGUAUCAGGAGUGCCUGGAACAUUUUACUCUCUUGAUGGGAGCUGGAGAACACUGCCUAGCCCUCUGCCAAGAAGUAAGUCAAGCAAAUGAAGAUACCAGUUGGAUCAGAGGGCCUAAUAAUAUUCUAAAACCAAGCUUCAGAAAUUGCUUCAUGACUGUUGUAAGAUCAAUAUUGUGUUUGCAUAUUCAUUGGAUAGAAAGCAUGUGUGGACAUUAACCCAACCUGACCCCAGGUCAUUCUUUAUCCAAAAAGGGUUCUAGCUAUGGUUUAUGGUCUUUGUUUAGUAAAAAGUCCUUCAACUUGGACUUGGGGUGGAUUUAUAUAGUAUAGCAUUUGUAUAUAAGAUUCAGUCAUGGAUUCAUACUCUGUGAACAUCGUUAGAUUUUUGAUAAUCUAAAGUAGAUCACAUUGAAUGUAACUGAUAUUAGCUCUAUUCUAGAGAAAACAUUUGUCAUUUGCAAGUGUUUGACUUUUUCAUUGAUAUGAUUUACAUAUAAGUCACAGUCAAUAUAUUUAUUAUAAAUUCAAUACAUAAGAGAAAAGUACAGGGAAAGACAAAUUGAGUGUUAAAGGGCUCCAGAAAUUGCCAAAAUGUCCUUUUAGAUUCUUGUGGCUGGCAAGCUAUGCUGUUACUGGUUCUCUGCAAAUUUGUGAUGGGUUCACCACAUCAUGUCCCAGCCUGGGACAUAGUCGUAGUGAUCCAAUCAAAUGAUUAAAAAUAGCAUUUUUAUGAAUGUAUUACUUCUUCCAUAUCCCAAUAUAUUUUUAGAGUUUUAAGCUGUUAGUAUCUAAAUAUUUGAUAUAAAUAUCUAAAUUCUUUCAGUUUAUAGACAAUGAGGCUGCUUUAUGUCUCUUUAUAAAGAAAGUUCUAAAGUAUCAUAAUUUCAUUAUCAGCUGACAACAAACCCAUCCAAGACCUAUUUUUUUAAGUGUCACAUGGCAACUCCUCAGUAGCUUACUUUUAUGAUUUGAUUUUUUUCAUCACAAUUACAGUCCUCUAGAUGGUAUUUUAAAAAGUAGAACAACCUUAUGUUUCACAUGAAACAGAAUCAUAAUUAGUUUGCAUAUAUAUAAAACCAUUCACCUUGACAAGGACAAUCUGUUACAGAUUUUUAAUUUGAAAAUUAAUUGAUAAUUUUGUUGCUUUUAGAAGCAAUUAUUAACAUAAUAACUAGUAAAUUCUGAGAGAUGACAGAAAUGAUUUUCUGUAGAAGGAACACUACAGUUAUAUUAAAAUGUUAACAAAGAACUAGUUGUUUUGAUUUUACUUUAAACAAAAUUUCGAGGCAUUUUUAUGAAAAAAUACAUAUCAAAGUAUAUUUCAAAACUGUGGGACAAUUAAAUUAUUCAUUCUUUUCCCAAAUAGAGUAAAAUAUUAUAGAGAAAAACAUUUGGAUGUUUAAUCUAUUACUGUAUGUUAAGAAAUUACAGUUCUAAGGAAUUAUUGCCAUCUUCUAUUUAAAUAUCAGAAGAUAUUCCAUUUUAAUUAUAUUCUCCUUAACAGAAAAUUAAUUUCUUGAUUAUUAGAUGAAUAGUAAUUUGUACCAAGUCUUAUUUCAUUAUAUUGCAUAUUUUUUACUUUUCUAUAAAAUUUGCCGCCAUUUUCCAAAUAAUGAAGGUAAUAAUAUUUUUCAUGCUUAAAAUGGGCCUGAUUGAAAAGAGAGUUCUUUGAUUUUUUCUUAACAAUACUGGAAAAUAUUUAUUCAACUUUAUUUUUUAACCUUUUCUUCAUUUUAUUAGUUUUGUGACUGAUAAUCACAAAACUAUGUGGAUGAAACCCUCCUGAAUAUAUUUUAUGAAAUAAAGAGGUAGAGCGACUUUUUUUUAUUAGACCAUGUUGAUAUGCAGAAAUAUCUCAAAAGAAAUUGCAAAGGAAAAAUUCUGUUGAGGUGAAAUGUUGGGAAAUAAGGAGUAUCUUAAAAACCUAAUUUUUACAUUUUUUGGAGCAUUUAACUUCUCAUUUCCAAGUGAUUAUUUCAUGCUAUUGGUUCCACAAAUUGUGUUUUUAGCAUAGUAUGUACUUUUUUAUCACGUUAGCAUUUAUACUCUAAUUACUGAAAAUAAAAGAAGAAGUUGGUGAAUAAAAGCCAGGUAAACCAUUUGUUCUCAUUUUCCAAUAGCACUUAUGUGUAAUCCCUUUAACCUUCCAUAUGGUGCUUUGUGUGAUGAGUAUAUAACAUUUAUAUGUUAUUAGUGCCUUAUUUUUUUCACUUAACUUUAUCUCUCAUCUAAAGAGCCAUAUAUUUUUUUGUGAGUAUUCUUUGGUCCCUCUAUUAAAGUGCUAAGGAGACAGCAUAUCUUAAGGGAUGUAUAUAGGCUGCAUUUGCUGCCUUAAUCUACUGUAUUCUCUCUAGAACAGCAGGUUAGCCAAUGUAUUUUUCUUAAAUUUAUUGUUCAUUUAUAAGCUAACCUAUAAAAAUGGAUAUUAAACACCAGAAUUAAAGCCAUUAAAAUUGAACUGUACUUUAAAACCAUAAAAAAUGCGAAUUAAGUUUAGAACAGGAGUUGAUAUGGCUCUCAGUUUUAAGUCUCGCUCCAAUCAGGACAAAAUUACUUUACGAAAAGCAUUAAAAAUAAAAGUAACUGUAUGGUACUUCAGGAAUUUGACCAAUUCCUUACAACUUAUUCUUGGCAAUAUUUUAUCAGUAAUAUACUUUCAUAAAGAUGCUGGAGAACCUUGGUGUCUGCUAUUUACAUGUUAUUCAUUCCCAGUGAGCUUUAUCAACAUCAAGCCAUUUUGUAUAAUAUUUUGCUCUUCUUGAUCUGUGCCUUUUGUUUUAGCUUUAUUAAAAAACUGAUUUUGUUAUAUUCUUUAUGUAUCAUAAUAUAUAAUUCAACUUUUCCUGAUGAAUGUUUGUUGAAUAAUUAAAAUAAACCAUUUGCUUAGAAAAGACAAAGACAGGUUGUAUAUGCAGAUAUGUGUAAAUAUUUGAGGAAGAAAAAAAAAGGAAAAGAACCUUCCUGCCAAAUGUAGGUCCUGCUGGACAGGACCUGGAAAUUAAGAAGUUUUUUUGUUUUGUUAUGCAGUGAAAUUUAAAAAUCUAUUACCUCAAGAAUUUUCAGUCAAUGUGUCAAUGUACUGCUCUUUCUUAGCAAGAAGAGUCUCAUGUACUGCUGGCGGUAAAAGCAACCCAAGUGUCAUGUUCCACAAAUUUUAGGGACAAGUCUUUCAAAAGACGGACACCUUGUAAUAUUUCAGAGUCGAAUUUUGGACUUUUCAUAAUGUUCCAAUGACAUUUUACUGUGGUUGGGCUUUUAUAAAAAAAAUAUUUUUUGGUUGGUUGUUUUAGAAUGAAAGGGUAAUCUUAAUUAUGAAAUCAGAUUGCAUGGAAGAAUAUAAAGGCACACAAAUGAAAACUAAUGGUUUUCUAACUAUUUUGAAUGUGAUUGUAUGAGCUAUUGUAUGGAUUACUGUGGAGUGCUGUUUACCGCAUGAUGUGUGCAAUACAUCAUGCAAUGUCAUUUAGCAAUGUGUAAUAAAAGUUUUUAAAAGAGAAAA